CAUCUCCUUCAAUCAAGCUAUUGGUGGAUGAUCCCAUUGUGGUGAACCCUGGGGAAGCCAUCACUUUGGUUUGUGUCACAACAGGGGGUGAGCCACUUCCAACCCUAACCUGGGUAAGAUCUGUUGGUACCUUACCUGAAAAGAUAGUACUGAAAGGUGGGACACUGACCAUCCCUGCUAUCAACUCUGAUGAUGCUGGCACCUAUAGCUGCAUUGCCAACAACAAUGUGGGGAAUCCAGCAAAGAAGUCCACCAACAUCAUUGUCCGAGCCUUGAAGAAAGGACGAUUCUGGAUCACACCUGACCCAUAUCAUAAAGAUGACAACAUUCAGAUAGGGAGAGAGGUCAAGAUCUCUUGUCAAGUGGAGGCAGUUCCCUCUGAAGAGCUGAUGUUCAGUUGGUUUAAAAAUGGUCGACCACUGCGCAGCUCCGAAAGGAUGGUGAUUACUCAGACAGAUCCUGAUGUCUCUCCGGGGACCACCAACUUGGACAUCAUUGAUUUGAAAUUCACUGAUUUUGGAACUUACACAUGUGUCGCAUCUCUGAAAGGUGGUGGCAUCUCAGAUAUCAGCAUCGAUGUCAACAUUUCCAGCAGCACAGUUCCACCCAACCUGACUGUUCCACAAGAAAAGUCACCCUUGGUCACCAGAGAAGGAGAUACCAUCGAACUGCAGUGCCAGGUGACCGGGAAGCCCAAGCCCAUCAUCCUCUGGUCCAGGGCAGACAAGGAGAUUCCCAUGCCAGAUGGGACAAUGCAGAUGGAGAGCUAUGAUGGGAUCCUGCGGAUUGUCAACGUCUCAAGGGAGAUGACAGGGACUUACAGGUGUCAAACCAGCCAAUACAAUGGAUUUAACGUCAAGCCAAGGGAAGCAUUGGUACAACUGAUCGUACAGUACCCACCUGCUGUUGAGCCAACAUUCCUUGAGAUUCGACAAGGCCAAGGCCGAAGCGUCACCAUGAGCUGCCGGGUGCUGAGGGCUUACCCAACUCGGGUUUUGACUUUUGAAUGGCGAUUGGGCAGCAAGCUUCUUCGGACCGGAAGGUUUGAUGCUCAGGACUCCACAGAGUAUACAAUCAGGAGCCUCUCAAGGGACAGUUAUGGGAAUUACAGUUGCAAUAUCAUCAAUGAGGCAGGGGCUGGCCGGUGCAGCUUUCUCGUGACAGGCAAAGCAUAUGCUCCAGAAUUCUACUAUGACACCUACAAUCCGUUGUGGCAGAACAGAGCCCGUGUGUAUGCCUACAGCCUGGAAUGGACCCAGAUGAAUCCUGAUGCUGUGGACCGCAUCCUCACCUACCACCUGGGGAUCCGGCAGGCUGGACAGCAGCGCUGGUGGGAGCAGGAAAUUACUGUGAAUGGGAAGAUCCAGAAAGGAGAAUUAAUUACCUACAACUUGACAGAACUCAUCAAGCCUGAGGCUUAUGAAGUUCGCCUGACACCAGUCACUAUUUUUGGAGAUGGAGAUGCAACCAUUCGUGUAAUCAAGUACAGCGCUCCAAUGAACCCACAUUUACGAGAAUUUCACUGUGGCUUUGAAGAUGGCAACAUUUGUUUAUUUACCCAAGAUGAAAAGGACAACUUUGAUUGGACGAGACAAAACAUUGUCCUUCGAGACACAAAAUACACCCCAAACACUGGACCCAGUGCUGACCGGUCAGGUUCCAAGGAAGGAUUUUUCAUGUACAUUGAAGCAUCCAGUCCCAGAAAAGAAGGUGAUAGAGCAAGACUCAUUAGCCCAGUUUUUAGCAUCCCUCCCAAAAACCCAUAUGGAACUACUAAUACUGCGUAUUGUUUCAGUUUUUAUUACAACAUGUAUGGUCAACACAUAGGAACAUUAAAUGUUUAUUUGCGGUUAAAAAGUCAGACUUCAACAGAAAGCCCGUUCUGGUCUACAAGUGGGAACAAAGGACAACAUUGGUUUCAGGCCCGUGUAAAUAUACAUCCAAACUCAUCAUUUCAGGUUGUUUUUGAAGGCAUCCGUGGCCGAGGCAUUGAAGGAGACAUUGCUAUUGAUGACAUCUCAAUCGUGGAAGGAGAGUGCACAAAAUCAGAUUAUGUAAACAACCAUAUACCUUCAGAGGCAGUCAGGACGCUGCCCCAUAUACGGAGUUUCCCCGUUUUUCUUCUUGUGUCUGUCUUAAUUCAUCAGAGGUGACCUUAUUCCGGCAGAGGCUACAACACAGAUGUACCACCCGCUGGCGUGAAGAAAAGGGAACAUUUUAAAAACAAACAAAAAACUA